CUUAGUAUUUACAUGAACUUUGUUUUUUCCUUAUGCUAAUAAUUAUUUUUAAUAUAUCACUAGGUUUCAUUCUACCUAAAGUGCCAUUCAAGAGUUCUCUUAAAUAAGCAGAAGUGGGUUUGGUCUCCACAGGUCAGACUUUAUAGAAAAGCAUUCCUUUGGGUGUGAAUCAUGCCCAGAGAAUCAAGAGAAGCCACAUCCCUGCCCACUCCAAUUCAUCCUCCACAGGAGCAAGAAGGACUUCUGAUAGUGAAAGUAGAGGAAGAAGAUUGCACCUGGAUGCAAGGGAACAGCCCUCCCGAUAUGGAGACAUUUAACCAGCGCUUCAGACAAUACCAGUACUAUGAAGCUUCAGGGCCCCGGGAAGCUCUCAGCCAACUAAGAGUUCUCUGUUGUGAGUGGCUGAGACCGGAGAUGCACACAAAGGAACAAAUCCUAGAGCUGCUAGUGCUGGAACAGUUCCUGGCCAUCUUGCCUGGGCAACUUCAGGCAUGGGUGAGAGAACAUCAUCCAGAAAGUGGGGAGGAGGCUGUGGUUUUGUUGGAGGAAUUACAGAGAGACUUUGAUGAACAAGGAGAAGAGGUUGCUGCCUAUCCAGAAGUACCCCUUCAGGAAAUGAUGCCGCAGAGAAUGGUACAGGAGUCCCUGAAUAUCCAGUUCCAACCCAUGGACAUCCAGCCUGAGAGUGGUCCCCAGAAACUUCUUUCCUUGGAGGCAAAUGCUCUGCCUGCUUCCCAGAUUCCAGCUAUUCCUCAGAAGGGAAAUCUUAGAGACCAGCAGAUGGCAGCUGCAUUUCACAUGACUGGGGCCCAAACAUUGGUGAAAAUUGAGGAUGUGGCCGAUGUGGCUGUAUCUUUUAUCCUGGAAGAAUGGGGGCAUUUGGAGGAGACUCAGAAGGACCAUUCUAGGAAUGACAGACAGGAGAAUUAUGAGACCAUUACCUCAGUGGAUUAUGAACCCAGGAAUGAGAAUAUGGAGUUGAUUGUAAAGCAGGAAAUUUCUGAAGAAGCAGAAUCACUAUGGAUGACUCCAGGAAGCAUUGAAAAGCAUGAUUCUCAGGAUCAAGAAUAUGAAGAACUCCCUAACUAUGGAGGCCACUUAGAAAGACAGCAAGAAAAUUAUGCAAUGGAUAAACCAAAGCAGUCUCCUUCCCAUAAAAGGGGUUUGAGGGAUAUUAUAGAUAUCAACAAAAAACAAACCAUGAGGGUGGAAAAAGGUCAUAAAUGUAAUGAUUGUGGUAAAUUCUUCCUUCAAGCCUCAAACUUUAUUCAGCAUCGACGAAUCCACACUGGCGAGAAACCAUUUAAAUGUAAUGAAUGUGGGAAAAGCUAUAAUCAGCGUGUGCACCUUACCCAGCAUCAGAGAGUCCACACUGGUGAGAAGCCAUACAAAUGUCAGGUGUGUGGAAAAGCUUUCCGUGUGAGCUCACAUCUUGUUCAGCAUCAGACUGUCCACAGUGGAGAGAGGCCUUAUGGAUGUAAUGAAUGUGGGAAAAGCUUCGGUCGGCAUUCACACUUGAUUGAACAUCUGAAACGCCACUACAGAGAGAAAACUCAUCAAUGUGGUGAGAAAAGGGGUAAGAACAUGAAGGUGCUAAAGAAGAAAAUUUCUGAUGUGACAGAAACAUACAGAGAAAUAUCAGCAAAAAUUCAAAAGGAUGUCCCACAAGGUCAGGAGUUAAGAGAAGGCCAUGAACAUGAAGGCUGGUUAGACAGACAGCAGGGAAAACUCACAGGGAUGAUACUGGGGAAGCUUCCUUCCCAGGAAAGAAGUUUUAGAGAAAUUAUAGAUAUCCAUAAAAGACCCCCUACAGGAGAGAGACCACAUAAAUGUAAUGAAUGUGGGAAAAGCUUCAUUCAGAGUGCACACCUUAUUCAACAUCAGCGAAUACACACAGGGGAAAAACCCUUUAAAUGUGAUGAAUGUGGGAAAAGUUAUAAUCAACGUGUACACCUUACUCAGCAUCAAAGAGUCCACACAGGGGAAAAACCCUAUCAGUGUCACUUGUGUGGGAAAGCUUUCCGGGUCAGGUCACAUCUUGUUCAACAUCAAAGUGUUCAUACUGGAGAGAAACCCUUUCAGUGUAAUGAAUGUGGUAAAAGCUUUGGGCGGCGUUCACAUCUUGCUGGACAUCUGAGACUCCAUUACCGUGAGAAGCCAAACCAGUGUCGUGAAUGUGGAGAAAACUUCCAUCAGUAUAACAGCCUAAUUGAACAUCAGAUGAUUCACAGAGGCCAACACCCUCAUGAAGAUGGCAAUUGUGAGAAAGCAUAUUGGAAUUUAUCAUUGAUUGAAAAUAAGGAAAUGCUUAUGGAGGAGAAACCCUUUAAAUGUGAUAUAUGUGGGAAAACUUUUUGUUAUAGUUCACACCUUGUUCAGCAUCAUAGAAUGCACACUGGAGAGAAACCCUAUGAAUGUGAUAUAUGUGGGAAAAAUUUUGGUCAGCGUUCCCAUCUAACUCAGCAUCAGAGAAGCCACUCCUGCAAAAAACCUCAUCAGUGUAAUGAAUGUGGGAGAGCCUUUGCACUAAAGUCACAUCUUAACCAACAUCAGAGAAUACAUACUGGUGAGAAACCCUUUCUGUGUAAGCAAUGUGGAAUGAGUUUUAGUAGGAGUUGCAGUCUCAUAAAACAUUUGAGAAGCCAUGAGAGGACAGAUCCUAUAAGCAGCUUCAGCACAUAGACAACUUCAGUUUUGGAGAAUAAUUUUUAUUCAGCUUUAGAGAAUUUCUCCUGUAGAAAAACCUUGUUGGUGUAAUGAAUAGAGUGACAGCUUUCAGUUACAAUUCAAACUUUACUUAUAUUUAUAUUUUCUAUUUAUUUGGAGAAUCUACACUGAAGAAAAACAUUCAUUAUUAAUCAGAAAUAGUUCACUUAACAGAUUCAUUUUAAAGAAGAAAGCCUGAAAGGAUGUAAUAGAUAAGUGAAAGGAUCUGAAUUACACUCUUUUGUCAUUGAACUUCAGAGAAUAGACUCUGGGAAGAAUGAUUUUGAAUCCAGUAGAGAAGCCUAUUCAUUGACAGCGGCUGUUUUAAUUCACAUCAAGGAAUCCAAAUAGAUCAAGAGUCCAGUGAAUCAGACAGUUAAAUGAGGCAUAUGCAGGCUAUCAGAUAAACUCACUGAGCUCCUUCUGAAGAGAUCUCCUUUUAACCUAUAGAGGGCUCUAGUCAUGGGUCCUAAUUUGAACAUUAAACACUUUAAAAAGAAGUUGGCUUAGGGUGUCUAUGUAUUUGGGGACUUGGGAACCCAAAAGUCUGGUAAACCAUCUCAAGUACUUUGUUUAUUUCAAGACUUCUUCAUGAGAUCCGAUCCACUUUUUAUUGCUCAGGUCAGGAUGGAUAUUAGUAAGAGGACUUCGUACUAAGUGAUUUAAGGCCUCACUAGAUAGUUAGCCUAGAUUAAAACAAUGGAGUUUUGUAAAAGGGAAAUGAUCUAAGGUGCUAGAUUAAGGCCCAAGUUUCUUUUGAGGUAUGAAUUUG